CCCCUAUAUAUAAACCCCUAAGGCCUAAGACAACCAACCUCAAGCUCUAGCUCCAACUCCAACUAACACUCCUUCAAGAUUCCCAACAACAUGUAUGCUUCUACUUCCUUCACUUCACAACUCGUCCACGACCUUCUCGUGGACAAUAACUCAAGAAAGCUUCUCCAAAACCCACUUCACCAAUCAACCAACUCAGCAAACUCACCAGAUUCCAUGAUGAACACAUACAACUCCACAGACUCAUACUUCAAAGGCCGUGACUUCGAUGCAAACGUUGUCAUGAUACUCUCAGUCCUCUUGUGUGCUGUUAUUUGCUCACUAGGGUUGAACUCCAUCAUCAAGUGUAUCUUACGGUGUUCAAACAUAGUCAUCAAUGACCAAUCUUCAUCAAGUGGGAGCCAUAACAACCCUUCACCACGAUUGGCUAACACAGGGAUCAAGAAGAAAGCCCUCAAGACUUUUCCCACUGUGAGUUACUCAACAGAAGUAAAACUCCCAGGUUUGGACACAGAGUGUGUGAUAUGCCUCUCAGAGUUCACCAAUGGUGAGAAGGUGCGCAUUUUGCCAAAGUGCAACCAUGGUUUCCACGUUCGCUGCAUUGACAAGUGGCUAAGUUCACACUCAUCGUGCCCCAAGUGCAGACAGUGCCUCAUUGAGACUUGUAAGAAAAUUGUUGGAUCACAACAACCAGUAGUGCCAGCAGUGCCAGAAACCAUUAUAAGGAUCCAACCAUUAGAACCUGAAGGUUUGGAGCGUAACUAUAGAGAAGGAUGCUAGCUAGCCAGUUUACUAUAAUAUGUUCCUUUUGACGCGAGUUAGUAGUAGUACUAGAAUUAAUGCCUUCAGUUCUGGUUAUAUAGCUAGCCAAACCAAUCAACCAUAAUCAAUGUUUGUCAGAGUUUAAAUUUUCAGUUGCUUUAUUUUGACCUCAAAUGUAAAAUAAACUAGUUAAAUUUGUUACUGCAUUCUUUUCAAUAAUAUUCUCAAGUUAAUUAUUAUUAGUUCAAACAAGGAUUUGUACUGUCUUCAAUCUUCGUGAGAUUUGAUUAAAGAUGUCUCUAGAUGAAGAUGAAAGUGAAGGAUUAUUGGCUUAUUUCGGAACAAGAAAAAGGGCGAAGCUAGCACACUAUGUGUAUUUUUGGUGGUCACCAACCUGUGUAUAUCAUAAUUAUUUCCUACUUUAUAUACUGUUAUUUUUAAUGUUAA